AUGGGUCACGAAGAUGCCGUUUACCUGGCUAAGCUCGCCGAGCAGGCUGAGCGCUACGAGGAGAUGGUCGAGAACAUGAAGAUCGUCGCCUCCGAGGACAGGGACUUGACAGUUGAGGAGCGCAACCUUCUCUCUGUCGCCUACAAGAACGUCAUUGGCGCCCGCAGGGCCUCGUGGAGAAUUGUGACCUCGAUCGAGCAAAAGGAGGAGUCCAAGGGUAACUCGUCGCAGGUUGGUCUCAUCAAGGAGUACCGCACCAAGAUCGAGGCCGAGCUUGCCAAGAUCUGCGAGGACAUCCUGUCGGUUCUCGACAAGCACCUUAUUCCCUCGGCCAAGAGCGGCGAGUCCAAGGUCUUUUACCACAAGAUGAAGGGCGACUACCACCGCUACCUCGCUGAGUUCGCUAUUGGUGACAAGCGCAAGGACUCGGCCGACAAGUCCCUUGAGGCUUACAAGGCUGCUACCGAGGUUGCCCAGACCGAGCUGCCUCCCACGCAUCCCAUUCGCCUUGGUCUUGCCCUGAACUUCUCCGUCUUCUACUAUGAGAUCCUCAACGCCCCCGACCAGGCCUGCCAUCUGGCCAAGCAGGCUUUCGACGAUGCUAUUGCUGAGCUCGACACCUUGAGCGAGGAGAGCUACAAGGACUCAACUCUGAUCAUGCAGCUGUUGCGCGACAACCUUACUCUUUGGACUUCGUCGGAGGCUGAGCCGACAGCCUCAACGGGACACGCUGAGGCUGCCCCCGCAGCGGCCGCCACAGAGGAGAAGCCCGCCGAGGCUGCUGCCACCGAGGAGGCGCCGAAGGCUGCUGAGUAA